GCUUGGCAGCUGCAGGGCCGCCUCAGGGCUCGAGGCGAGGGCUUCUUUCUCUUCCCGGGGCCAUGGAGCGGCUGACGUUGCCUCCCGGCGGCGCGGCGGCGAUAGACGAGUACCUGGAAUACCGGAGAAUUGUUGGUGAGGAUGAUGGAGGGAAACUGUUUACUCCUGAAGAGUAUGAAGAGUAUAAGAAAAAAGUCUUACCCAUGCGUUUACAGAACAGGUUAUUUGUGAGCUGGCGGUCACCAACAGGAAUGGACUGUAAACUGAUCGGCCCAGAGACACUGUGUUUUUGUACACAUAGGUACAAACAGCAUAAAACUGACUUUGAAACAGUUCCACAGCAGCGCCCCAUUGAGCUGCCUUGCCGAGUGACUGGGUGCCAGUGCAAGGCUUAUCACUAUGUUCCUCUGAAUGGUACCCAGCCUGUUCGCUGCAGGUGCAAACACUUUGCUGACCAGCACAGUGCUGCACUUGGCUUCGCAUGUAAUUCCUGCUCCAAGUGUUCAGGCUUCCACAGCUGCUUCACUUGUGCCUGUGGCCAGCCGGCAUAUGCCCACGACACAGUGGUGGAAACACGGCAAGAAAGGUUGGCUCAGGGCAAACCAGUAGGACGGGAUGUUCCUUAUGCGGCAAUGGGAGGUUUAACUGGUUUCAGCUCAUUGGCAGAAGGUUACAUGCGCUUAGAUGACAGUGGCAUUGGUGUACCCUCAGUUGCAGUUUUGGACUCCCCAGUUUCAGCCAUGGACCACCCAUUCCUCAGAGCCUUGCAAAUGCCAUCUACUUCUGCUUCACAAACACUAACAGAUGGUAAUGAAGAUCCAAGCACUCAGAUUUCUUCCUUAAGGAAAUCUGAAGAGGAUGAUAUGGCUUACUUUGAAAGGCGAUACCAGGAAAGGAUAAAAAUGGAAAAAUCUGCUAAGCAGAAAGGGAAAGCUCUGCUGCCACCAGGUACAAAACCUUCUUGAAGUCUGUUGGACAAGCCACCUUCCAGAUGCAUCUCUAUUUAUUUAUUAUCUCUCGAUCUGUGUACGUUCUUAUUGUAUAAAUAUGUCUUUUUGAAUUUUGUUUAUCUUAUUGAAACAAGUGAAAUGAAAUUAUUUUUGUCAGAAUUCCUGAUGUAGCACUUUCUAUACUUUUUAAAUGUGGUCUACUAUGUAGCCCGGGCUGGUGCUGAAGUCACGAUACUCCUGCCUCAGCACACGUAUGCUUUCUCUCUCUCAGCGAGUUAUAUAUGUUAUUUUCAUAUUAUUAGAACCCUGAAACUAGGUAAAUAUUUUUAGCUUAUUAUAUUUAACUUUUGUAGGCUAUCUAGAAAAUUAAGGAUAUUAUUAAAGGUUUUAAACAAAUAAAUAUG